AUGCCUACAGUGGUUUUAAUGGACGUGUCACUGUCCAUGACACGACCAGUGUCCCUGGAUGGCAUCGAGGAGUUCCAGAGGAAGAACCUGGCUGUCCACGGACUCAACAUGCUGUUUGAACACAUGGCUUCCAACUAUCGCUUGGAGUUCACCGCACUGAUGGCCUUCUCCUCCCUGUGGGAGCUGCUGGUGCCUUUUACUAGGGAUUACAAUGCGUUACAGGAGGCACUUAGUAACUUGGAAGACUAUGACAAAACAUGUCUUGAGCUGGCUCUACAAGGAGUUAGUAGCGUUGUUCAGCAGGAGUGGGGCAAUGGCUGUCCCUGUCAGGUGGUGUUGGUUACAGACGGAUCUCUUGGGAUUGGAAAGGGUUCCCUACGCCACUCUCUUCACACCCUGAAACAUCGUGGUGAUGACAAAAAGUUUCCACUCCCUUACCCUUUCCCCACCAAAAUGUUCAUCCUGUGUAUAGCCAAUGCAGAGGAGUUGCAAAUGACUGACGCCAUGGAAAACCUGGAGGAGCUCCUUCGUCUCAGUGGAGGGGAUGGACAGAUCUUCACUGUGGAUGGACCACUUUGCAUGAAGAGUGUACAAGCAAUGUUUGGGAUGCUUAUUGACCGGGCGUACUCCCCCUUCCACGCGGUUCUGCACUGCGGGAAUUUGUCUUCAGACGUUCAGGUGUUCCCCCGUCCCGAGCCGGUGGUGUUGGACGAGGAGGUGGAGCCUAUUCCCAGAGCUGUCAGCACAGAUUUGGAAAUUGUGGGCUUCAUUGAAAUUGCUGACAUCUCCAGCCCUCCUGUAAUAUCCAGACACUUGGUUCUUCCCAUUGCUGUUAACAAAGAAGUAGAUGAAGUUGGCACAGGAACCACUGAUGAACUUGAAGAGGAACCUUCAGCGAGCCAAAUGGCUGGGAAAAGUCCAAAUUUUUGUGUUCUUUUACAUGGAAGUCUAAAGGUUGAGGGGAUGGUGGCUCUGGUCCAACUAGGGCCAGAGUGGUUUGGCAUGUUGUACUCCCAAGCAGACAGCAAGAAGAAGUCAAACCUGAUGAUGUCUUUGUUUGAGCCUGGUUCUGAUCCUCUACCUUGGCUAGGCAAGAUUUCACAUCUGGGACCAGUUUCAGAGGCUGCUGAAAAUCCGUACGGAGAGGAUGACAGUAAAAGUCCAUUCCCUGUGCAGCCACAGGUCAAGCGAAGCUAUGCUCAGAAUGUCACCGUGUGGAUAAAAGCCAGCGGACUGCAGACUGAUGUUCAGAAGAUCUUGAGGAACGCAAGGAAAUUACCUGAUAAAACUCAGACCUUCUAUAAGGAGCUAAACCGUCUGCGGAAAGCUGCCUUGGCUUUUGGUUUUUGGGAGCUCUUGAAGGGCGUGGCCGAACUGCUGGAGAGGGAGUGCACCAUGCUGCCCGACUCGGCCCAUCCAGAUGCUGCUUUCCAGCUCUCUCAUGCCGCACACCAACUCAAACUAGCCAGUUCUGGUGACUCCCAGUAUGCAGCUUUUGAUCACAACAUUGUCCCCAUGCACACAGACUUCUCAAGCUGAGUCACAAUGUAUAAGCUGAUACUGAGCCAGAGUGAACUGAAACCAUACAAACGGGGCUUGUACAAAAUGUCUGUUGGGAAACUGAAAGUGUUGCACAUAUUUUGUUUUUUUACAUGUUUCUGUAUAGAAUAUAUUUCCCAAAUUGACCACUAAUUAAAUUACUCAUUUUUCUAAAAUGUU